AUGACUCAAUCGAGCAUCAGGCCGUUAGACCUGAAAGGUCAUUUCUCGAGAAGCUCCCAAAAGAGACUACCGAAUGUUCUCAAGGAAUACUACAGGUUUUUGCGUCACCCCGACAUGAAAAACCUCGCUGGCGGCCUACCCUUUUCGGGAAACUUCCCAUUUGAAAGUAUGGACCUUUCACUCGUCAGACCGGAAAGCCUUUUACACAACCACAGCGAGGGUGUCAACCUGGGGAGUGCAGACAAUUUGACGGCCCAAAUUCGCAUCCCGCGAACUGCCCAGGGCUUGAAUUCGUUGCACAGAGUUGAUCUUGACAGUGCCCUUCAAUAUGGAAGUGCCCAGGGCUAUCCACCACUCUAUGCAUGGCUCCGAAAGCUAGUGAACACGGUGUACCACCCAAAUAUACCUUAUGAAGGUCAGGCAGAUGUCAUGAUCAAUGGUGGGUCAGCGGAUGGUCUCUCUAAAGUCUUUGAACUUCUAUUCAAUGAAUGGAAUGAAGAUCUGAACGAUGUUCAAGAUCGCGAGGGCCUACUAGUCGAGGAAUUUGUUUAUGGGCCACCAAUCGCACAGAUCAAGCCAAAAGAUAUCAAUGUGGUACCUGUCAAAAUGGACACAGAAGGCAUGUUAGCACAUGGAGAUGGCAGUCUGUCCUACGUGCUCCAAAACUGGAAUUCUGCACGGGGAAAGAGGCCACAUGUGGUAUAUAUCAUACCGACAGGUCAAAAUCCCACUUCUGGCGUGCUUUCCCUCAAACGGCGGAUCGAAUUGUACGAAAUUUGCUCACGAUAUGACCUUGUUCUGAUCGAGGAUGACCCUUACUGGAACCUAUACUACCCGUCCACGCUUUCAACAACGACCAAGUACCGAGGCCGACCUAUGUCAACAGACUUUCCAACAGAUACAGAUCACAACUAUUGCACGGGAUCCCUAGGCGGUAAAUCCACAGGCCACCGGUUCCUUGAUCAGCUUGUUCCAAGCUUUUUGAGUAUUGACCGGGACGGGCGAGUCAUUCGGCUGGACUCUUUCUCCAAAACCAUCGCGCCGGGAUGCAGACUCGGAUGGGUUACCGCCCAGCCAAGUGUUUGCGAGCAGCUUUUUAGGAUCACCGAUAGUACUACCCAGCAGCCCUCUGGCUUCGUCCAAGCUAUAGUCAUGCAACUUCUCGGGAACUUUGAAACCUCUUCUUUUACUGAGCCCACAGUAAGCUCGAUUGAGAGACCUACGGGCUGGGGACUGAAUGGCUGGGUCAAUUGGCUCGAAGGUCUUCGCUCCAUCUAUGAACGUCGAAUGAUCGCAAUGGCAACAGUAUUGGAGGAGAACCGACAUGUAUCAUCUGAACAUGGUCAAACGGAAAUGUUCUCAUUCAACUGGCCCAUGGGUGGCAUGUUUCUCUGGGUCCGAGUCCACAUUUCUAAUCACCCACUAGUAAAUGCUGAUCCAAGGCGCUUAAUGCUAGCAUUAUGGCUUUACUGCACUAAGCACCCCUAUCGGAUUCUGGUGGUUCCUGGCGGAGACUUUGCGGCCACGAGAAAUAUUCAAGAUGAUCAUGGGUAUUUGUUCUUUCGAUUCUGUUUCGCGGCUGUCGAAGAAAGUGCAUUGGUAGCCUCAUCAAAAGCUUUUGUAGAAGCUUGCCGAAGCUUCUGGGAUAUCCAAGAUGUGGAGGUCAUUGAGAAGAUAUUGCAAGAGGAUGCUAAUGAAGGCGGGGCUGAGUUCGAUCGAGAGAUCAUCGAGGACUUGUAG